AAUAAAAAUAAACUUAUUUACACAAUUUAGUUUAUUUGUAACGGUUCAUAUUGGAAUUUUUCAUUAAAAUUGAAUUAAUUUUGCAAAAUGUUAACGGAUUUAGAUGAUGAUUUCUUCUUCGAAGAAGAUAAAAUGGGUAUGACCGUUAGCACCAAGUCAGUAGUUGUAGUCAAAGAUGAUACCAAUCUAAUUGGUAUAAGCAUAGGUGGAGGAGCGCCUUUAUGUCCUUGCUUAUAUAUAGUACAGGUAUUUGAUGGUACACCAGCUGCCAGAGAGGGUUCUUUAGAGAGCGGCGAUGAGCUGUUGGCCAUAAAUAGCACAAGUGUUAAGGGCAAAACAAAAGUACAAGUGGCCAAAAUGAUUCAGACAGCAACACAGCAAGUGGUCAUACACUACAAUAAACUACACGCUGAUCCGGAAAGAGGAAAAUCACUCGAUAUAAUAUUGAAAAAACUAAAGCAUCGUAUAGUGGACAAUAUGUCCAGUAAUACGGCCGAUACUCUGGGUUUGUCUAGGGCAAUAUUAUGCAAUGACUCUUUGGUGAAACGGCUAGAAGAAUUGGAGGGCACGGAAAUGAUGUACAAAGGUAUGGUGGAUCAUGCUCGGCGCAUGUUAAAAGCCUAUUAUGAUCUGUUGCAAACGUACCGUGCGUUCGGCGAUUGCUUUAUGCGUAUCAGCACAAGAGAACCUCAGCUAAGAGCUUCUGAAGCUUUUCGUAUGUUUGGUGAUUUACAUCGAAAUUUGGAGAAAGACGGAUUGGCAGUCAUUAAAAAUAUUAAACCGAUUCUCGAUGAUUUGGGCACAUAUCUUCACAAGGCCAUACCCGAUACGAAACUAACUGUAAGACGUUAUAUGGAUGCCAAAUUUACCUAUUUAUCCUAUUGUUUGAAAGUCAAAGAAAUGGACGAUGAGGAGCAUAGUUUUGCCGCCAUACAGGAACCACUGUAUCGCGUUGAAACGGGCAACUAUGAAUAUCGUCUAAUAUUGAGAUGCCGUCAAGAUGCUAGAGGUAAAUUUGCCAAAUUGAGAACAGAUGUUUUGGAGAAAAUGGAACUGUUGGAAUGCAAACAUGCCAAUGACUUGUCGAAGCAACUUAGAAAUCUACUCGACAGUUUGGCUCAAUUAAAUAAGACCAUUACCGAAAGAAUGGAUACAAUACCAAAUCUAUUUCCCAUAGAGGUCGAUUUUAAAGACACCGACUUCCAAUAUAAAUCUAGCGUCUUGGAACCACAAAAAUUGGAUGACAACGAGGAAGAGGAACAAAAGCAAGAAUCGAAUGCAACAGGAAAACAAAAAGCCACAAAUUCAACGCAUACUGACGAUAGAGGUGAUGUUAUCUGUGGUCUCGAAGCUGUCGAACAGCCAGCACCUAUAAUUAAUGUACCCGCAAAAGUGCAAGAUAUUUUAUCUCUAACAGACAAUCCAUCUGAUAAUCUAAUGGCGGAAACAACCAAUGAAAAUGAUCAACUUCUUAAAGAUCUGGGUUUAUUGGGUAUAGACUUAAGUUCCAACUCAAUUUCCUCAACGCCAUGUAUAAAUAAAAUCGCAUCACCGAAUGGUUUCUAUGAUUUUGAUUUAUUCCUAAAUCAAUCAUCUGGCAUUACAACAGCCGCCGCCGCCGCCGACACAACAACACAAUUUGAAACAAAACAAACAACAAUGUCAGCCGCUACAUCUCAAUUGGGAAAUGAUUUAAUGGCUGCUAAUGCUCUGGAAACCGAUUUGCUAUUGCAGUAAACUACAAUAGUAGAUCGAUUAUACUGUAAUUAAUUCGUCCCAGUUAAUACAAAAUUUAGCUAGUUUAAUACUGAUACUUAUACUACUAUGAUUCAUUUUUACUUAAACUAUUAUGAGUACAAUUCUAUAUAAAACUUUUCAAUGUAGAAUUAAUUUGGUUUUCUUAUUUUAAUUAAGUUUUUCAGCUUAUAUAUUUAUUAACAAUAUACAUACAUACAUACACACAUACAUUGUAUUUCUGUACGAGUCUAUCAAUUGUAUAUUUAUAACACUUAUAUACCACAUGUACUACAUAUGUAUAUGGACUAUGUAUUUACCACAUUUAUAUAUGAAAAUAUGUGUUAAUAAAUAAUAUAUUAUACAUUUGAAUAAUCAUUUCUCAAAGCGAAAAUAA